AUGGGCAACCAGACCAGCAGCGUGCUGGACAACAUUGUUCAGGGGUCCAACUUCGACAGGGAUGAAGUUGACCGGCUGCGGAAGAGGUUUAUGAAGUUGGAUAAGGAUAACUCCGGCACUAUCGAGCGCGAGGAGUUCCUUUCGCUCCCUCAAAUAUCCUCCAACCCACUCGCCACCAGAAUGAUUGCCAUCUUCGACGAAGACGGCGGCGGCGACGUCGACUUCCAAGAGUUCGUCUCUGGCCUUUCCGCCUUCUCCUCCAAGGGCAACAAGGAGCAGAAGCUCCGGUUCGCCUUCAAGGUCUACGACAUUGACCGUGACGGCUACAUCUCCAACGGCGAGCUGUUCAUCGUCCUGAAGAUGAUGGUGGGCAACAACCUCAAGGACCAGCAGCUGCAGCAGAUUGUGGACAAGACCAUCAUGGAGGCCGACCUGGACAAGGACGGGAAGAUCAGUUUUGAGGAGUUUACCAAGAUGGUGGAGAAUACGGAUGUCAGCAUGAGUAUGACGCUAGAUCAAUUCUAG